AUGCCUUGGGAAUGUUUUAAGGGUUGUUGUGUUGGAUGGAAUUUAACAUAUGCUAUUGGUAAUGUACCAUUGAAAUUACAUGAUUGGCAAGUCGAUUUUGCUUAUUUAAAUGGUGAAGUAUUUGUACAUUCAAAUCAUUUUAAUGAUAAUCAUUUGACUAAACUUGAUAGUUGGUGGAAUAAUCGAGAAUCUACACGAUUUACUAUGUUUGAUAGUAUGAAAUAUUCAUUUUCAUUUAAUAUAAAUAAUGUAUAUUUAGUUGUAGAUAUUGAUCGAGAUAGAAGUGCUCUGGAUUUUCAUGUUAGUAAUUCAUCAAUGUGCAAUUCUCGCUGCUAG